AUGGAAAAUAAAAGUAAAGCACAAAAUGUACUUGAGCUUGAGAAUGAACAUGAAAAAGAUUUUGAAGUUCAAACAGAAGGUUUGGAUGCAGAGAAGAAAAAAAUUCAAGAAGAAUUCAACGUUCAGAGAGCAAAGUUGAAAGAUUUGUAUUUACAGAAAGAAGCUGAACUAGCUAGAAUAACCCAAGAAAAUGUUGAACUACAGGAACAAGUGUCUAGACUGAAAAAUGAACUUGAUGAUUGCAAAAGCCAGUUAUAUGUAGAUAGUAUUACAUUAGAGUCUAACUUGAAGGAAGAAAAAAGGAAAGCUCAAGAAGAAAUUGCCUCAUUACAGAGAAUAGUUCAUGAGACUGUGGAAGAAUCAAAUUCAACAAGAACCUUAUAUGAUACAGAAUUGUCAAAAUUAGAGGCUUAUGUUCAGCAGCUGCAAAAGGAGAUUAUUGAUAUAAAGAAAGAAAAAAAUCACUCACCACAUCACAUAUCACAGGAUCAUAGUAGUUUGGCUCCUAGCCAGGUAUUGAAUGCUCUAACUAAGAGUUUGAAAAAACUAGGUGCAGAAUCCUUUUCUUCCCAAGAGAGUGUAGAAGAUAAUUCUAAAAAGGCAGAGGAAGAUCCUGAAGUCCUGCGGUCCCUGGUUGAACCAUUGGAAGAUCAAAUAAAGGCACUCAAAGAAAAACUGAGAACUACUGAUGAACAGCUCCAAAAGUGCAAACAGUGUGGCCACCAACAGGAAGAGGGCGCAGCUUCGCAGCCGCCUGACCUGAGGCCGGCCCCCUUCCCCUCGGACCGCCCCUCCAUGUGCGACAUGUGCAGCAACUACGAGGCGGAACUGGUGAAAGAGCAGAAGAAGACCAGCGACUUGGAGACGGCGGUGGCGGCUGCCGAGAAGGCGGCAGACCGCCACCGCGAGGAGCUGCUCAAGGAGAUCGGCUUCCGGAAGGAGAUGGAGGAGAAGUGGCACGAGAAGAGGGAGGAGCACAAGCUGCAGGUUGCCGAACUCACUAGGGCCACCGAAUGUACGGAGCAAGAUUUGAAGGAGUUGCGGCAUUCGUUCAAUCAAACCUGUUCCGAUAUGAAAAUGACUUUGGGGAAGUUGACUCACGAUAGAGAGACCAUUCACCAGGAGCUCUACAAAUUGCAGAGAGAAAACGAUAAUUUAGUGGGAAAGUAUACCAUUCAUUCACAGGAACUGCAGAGUCAAAUUAUAAAUCUUCCAAAUACUGUUGAGGAACUUCAUGAACUCAUUUUGAGGAACCAUCAAGACUUAAUUAUAGCUAAGAUGGGAAAGGAGGCAGCUGAAGAAAAUUUGAACACACUUCAAUCCGAAAUAAUGGUUUUGAAAGAUAGAAUUACUAAUGAACAGCACGAGAGGAAAGGAAUAGAAGAUACUUUCGAUUCGGAAACCAGAAAUUUGAGGAAACAGAUUGACCAAUUAACCAAAGAGAAGAAACACUUAGCUUUAAAUCAAGAGAAACUUGUUGCAAGUGAAAGUCAGACCCAAGAAAAGAUCAAAGAAUAUCAAGAUAAAAUUGAAGAACUAACGACAUCGUCUAAAACCUUGGAAAAGAAAAAUAAUGAAUUGAAAUUGAGAGUGUCUUCUCUACAACAAGAAUUCGACACAACAGAGACUGUUCAAAAGGAUUUUGUUAGAUUAUCUCAAAGUUUACAGGUGCAGCUGGAAAAAAUUCGCGAGUCAGACACAGAGGUGAGAUGGCAACACGAAGAAGAUGUGAAUGAUUGUCCAACAUGUCGGUCCUCCUUUUCCACGUCGAAGCGAAAACAGCAUUGCCGGCACUGCGGUCAGGUGUUCUGUCAGUCGUGCCUGACGCGAACCGUGCUGUCAGGGCCCCACAAUCGUCCGUCGAAAGUUUGUGAUGUCUGCCAUACGUUACUAGUCAAAUCUUCUGCUCCGUAUUUUAGCGAGGCCCCUCCUAUGUCUUGA